UUAAGCUCCUCUUGUGCACCGCGACUAGUCCUUCAUCUACCUGGCUCCUCAUAAAACCGUGCCCACUUCAACAACCGAGAGCCGCUGACGUAACCAUGCCAGGUACCGAAUAACGUCGAGAAGAGAGAAAAUUCCCGCGCGUCUACCUCACGAGCCUACGCGCGCGCAAACAGGAGAGCAUUUCACGCGCGUCAGAUGCUUCCCUGUCCUCGUUGAGAUGAUGGCUCUGUGGACGCUGUUCUGCAUCCUCGCCAUUGUGAAAAGCAGUCAUGGGGCUGAUACAGAAGAGAGACUGGUGGAGCAUCUUCUUAAUCCAGCUCACUACAAUAAACUGAUCCGACCAGCCACCAAUGGGUCUGAACUAGUGACAGUACAACUGAUGGUCUCGCUGGCCCAGCUCAUCAGUGUGCAUGAGCGAGAACAGAUCAUGACCACUAACGUCUGGCUUACGCAGGAGUGGCAGGACUACCGGCUAACAUGGAACCCGGAUGAGUUUGAUGGCAUGAAGAAGGUCCGCCUUCCCUCCAAACAUAUUUGGUUACCUGAUGUUGUCCUUUACAACAAUGCUGAUGGCAUGUACGAGGUAUCCUUCUACUCCAACGCUGUUGUCUCUUAUGAUGGCAGCGUCUUCUGGUUGCCACCAGCGAUCUAUAAGAGUGCCUGUAAAAUCGAGGUGAAGCACUUCCCAUUCGACCAGCAGAACUGUACGCUAAGCUUCCGCUCAUGGACAUACGACCGCACAGAAGUAGACCUGGUUCUGCGUGCGGAUGUGGCCAGCAUGGAUGACUUCACACCGAGUGGAGAGUGGGACAUCAUCGCUCUGCCUGGCCGUCGGAACGAGAACCCCUCCGACCCAACCUACGUAGACAUCACCUACGACUUCAUCAUCCGUCGCAAACCCCUCUUCUACACCAUCAAUCUCAUCAUUCCUUGUGUCCUCAUCACCUCACUGGCCAUCCUGGUGUUCUACCUGCCUUCGGACUGUGGGGAGAAGAUGACUCUGUGUAUCUCUGUCCUUCUGGCCCUCACUGUGUUCCUGCUGCUGAUCUCCAAGAUUGUGCCACCCACAUCUCUAGACGUUCCUCUGGUUGGGAAGUAUCUGAUGUUCACCAUGGUGCUGGUGACGUUCUCCAUUGUGACGAGUGUUUGCGUGCUGAACGUGCAUCAUCGGUCACCCACCACACACACCAUGCCUCCAUGGGUGAAGCUUGUGUUCCUCAACAAGCUCCCUGCUUUGCUCUUCAUGCGACAGCCACGCAACAGCAGCGAACGGCAACGACUGCGCCAGCGUCGGCGAGCUAACGAACAGCAGGAAGGUGGGCGAGGGGGCCUGGCUGCUGGGCUUAUGGCAGGGCUGGGACUGAGAGACUCCAUGUCUGGGAGUAAAGAGAUCAAUGAGGCGUGCACUUGCUAUGUGAACCGAGCCUCAGUGAAACAAUUUGGGGCAGAGUUUUGUGGAGGUGGAGGGGGAGGAGGGGGGUCAACUGAUGGACUAAACGGGUUAAGGGAAGGGGGGAGAGAGGCCAGGGAAGGAGGUUCCAAUCCAUUGCAGAGUUCUGCUCUGCCUCGUGGGAAGCAGCAGCCCCCUACUGUCCUCACCCAGGCACUGCUGGCCCAGGCCUGCCCAGGGUUUGAGGAGGCUGUAGACGGAGUCCGCUUCAUUGCAAACCACAUGAAGAGUGAGGACGAUGACUGUAGUGUGAGUGAGGACUGGAAGUAUGUUGCCAUGGUGAUCGAUCGCCUUUUCCUUUGGAUCUUUGUUUUUGUGUGUGUUUUCGGCACAAUCGGAAUGUUUCUUCAACCGCUAUUCCAAAACUACACAGUCAAAACUAUCACCAACACACCUGGCUGACUUAUCACCAAACCCCGCCACACCAAUGGACGUUACCCAACAUCAGA